UUCGUUAUUCUUCUCCGUCGUCCAGCCUCUCUCUCCUCUCCUCUGCUCAAAAUCACAAAUCGUCAACUACAAUCCGUCGCCGGUUGUUGUCUCCAUCAUCUUCCUUCGACUUAAUAAUGUUCUGUCUCUUCAGAUAACAGAUGAGAAAUCAAUAAAUUCCAUUACUUUGUUCAGUUUGAUUCGUCUUCCAUGUCUGCUGGAUCUCCAUUACUGAAAGUUCAUUCCUUUUGAUCUUAACCAAUGCCCAGAGCCAUGGAAUCGAGCUCGAAAUCUAGGAAAGAAAGCAUUUUGAUCAAAUACGCCGUCGUCUCGCGUCUUCUCGUUCUCUUCCUAACCGUUCUGUGGCGGAGCUUCCUCCAACCGUACGAUACUUCCGCCGCACUCAACCCUCCUUGCCUCCAUCACAGAGACGUCCCCGAAGACUCUCCUCAGUUACUAGUACCUAACUCAGUUUCGAAGACGCUUGAAAACAGCGUCGUAUGGGAUAGUGUGUACUUCCUCAGGAUCACGCAGUGUGGGUAUGAGUAUGAGCAGACUUACGCCUUCUUGCCUCUUCUUCCCUUCUUUAUCUCCCUCCUCUCUCGCACAGUUUUGGCGCCUUUGGUUCCGUUGAUUGGUCUUAGAGCUGUGAUGGUGUUGUCUGGUUACGUUGUCACCAACUUGGCCUUCGUAUUUGCUGCUAUCUAUCUCUUCAGGGUUUCAGUUAUUAUCUUAAAGGACACUGAAGCAUCCUUCAGAGCUUCUGUUAUCUUCUGUUUCAACCCGGCCUCCAUAUUCUAUUCGUCAAUAUAUUCAGAAAGUCUGUAUGCUUUGUUUUCAAUUGGAGGCGUGUACCACUUGUUAUCUGGCGCUAGCAAUGUAGCUGUUCUCUGGUUUGCUCUCUCUGGCUGUGCAAGGUCCAAUGGAAUUCUUAAUGCUGGUUAUAUCUGUUUCCAGACUAUGCAUCGAGCUUAUGAAGCUUUCUAUCUGAAAAAGCGCGUUUGUUUGUCUGUACAAGUUUUAGUUACUGGAUUUAUUCGAUGCGUAUGCAUUUGUCUUCCUUUCGUCGCAUUUCAAGCGUACGGAUACUAUAACAUAUGCCAUGGACAUAAGCUAGAUGAUGUAUUGAGGCCUUGGUGCAAAGCAAAGGUACCUUUGCUGUACAACUUCAUUCAAAGUCAUUACUGGGGAGUAGGGUUCCUUAGAUACUUUCAGUUUAUACAGCUCCCAAACUUUCUGCUUGCAUCCCCUAUUCUGUCUCUAGCUGUGUGUUCUAUUGUAAGUUACAUGAAGACUCGCCCUGAGCUUUUUACUUCGCUGGGCUUUCAAGCUACUGAGAAAGAAAAGAGAUCUUCUGCAAGGCUUUAUUCUCUGAAGGAAGUACUUGAACCAGAUGUUAUAACUUCAUCAAAUGAAGGAAGCCGUGACAUUAGGCAGCGAAAACCGAGCAGAAAGAAGGAUGUGACUAUCACCACCAAUACAGCUGCGGAAUCCAACUCGCCAGAAGCAUCAGGAUACUUUUCAGCUGAUGUUUUCCCAUUUGUUGUACACUUGGGUUUAAUGGCAGCCACUGCAUUCUUCAUCAUGCAUGUUCAGGUUGCAACAAGGUUCUUGUCAGCGAGCCCUCCUCUCUACUGGUUUGCAUCUCAUUUGAUUGCAUCUCCUAAACAUAGUAAAUGGGGAUACUUGAUGUGGUCAUAUUGUGCUGCCUAUAUCCUUCUUGGAUCUCUACUCUUCUCAAACUUUUAUCCAUUCACUUGAUUUCAAGGUGGUUAUCUCAGCAGAGAACCAACCGGUUUUGUUGUUUCUGCAGGAUUUUACCCCACUAGAAUUAGUUUUUUCCUCUGCUAUGUGCUCACUGUAUUCUCAUGUGGCAAGACAGAUGUGUUCUUAUGGCUGUUUUGUAAUAGAUUUGACAUUGAGGCAAAAGUUCCAUUAUGAACA